AUGCAAGGGAUAGAUCGUCGUUGGUUGGAAAGUUUCAGUGAAGAGGCUCCUUGCAAAGUGGAAUACCCUAAGUAUCUCUAUAUAGGAGUGUUGCUCUGGCUUACCCGAUCUAAACCUAUAUGUUCGGGAAUGCGCUCUGAUGGACUUCGUGCAUAUAGUCUAUCCGCCGGGCGACCUAGUCAUCUACUUCUAUCUAGUCUUUAUUCUAUCAUAGAUCCUAUAGAUAACUACGCUCAAUAUCUUGGGCGGUAUUAUAGUAUAAACGGCGGUAUACUAUUUCUAGUCGCUCACGUUCGUGAGUACGAGCUGCAUAGCGAGGCUGCGCUCCAAUCAUUCCUCUAUUUUAUAAAAAGCACGCUACCGGUUGAUAAGUGUCAGCGACGUUAUAUUAUUAGUUAG